UGACACCAGCCACACCACAAAACAAGUGAAAAAUCAAAUGGCGGACUAGGGUUUUUUCAAACCCAAAUUCAAAAUCAAAAUCAAAGCCCUAAAUUACACCACCACCACCAUCACCACCCCAACCAAUGGACAACAACCCCACCUCACUCUCCUUCUUAACCAAAGGCUCCAAAGUUGAAGUCUCCUCAACCCAAGACGACUCCACCGGCGCCUGGUACGUCGCCACCGUCAUCCACCCACCACCUUCCAUCAUCGCCCCUAACCACCACACUCGCAACAACCUCGUUUACGUCGAAUACCACAAUCUUUUAUCAGACGACGGUUCUUCCACCCGCUUGAGAGAAUACGCCAACAUUUCUUACGUCAGACCCUCACCUCUUCCUGAUUCUAACCCCCCCAAUUUCCAGUUAUACGACGUCGUUGAAGCUUUUUAUAGAGACGGCUGGUGGACCGGUGUUGUUACCGGGGUUGUUGACACGUGUAAGUUUGUUGUUGGUUUUGAAAACCCUUCUGGGGAAGUUGAGUUUCGUGGGUCUGAGUUACGGCUGCAUAAGAAAUGGGUCGGUGGCAAAUGGGUGCAGCAGCCUCACAAGCAGGUAACAGCAGGAUGGAUGUUCACUGUGGGAAAAAAGGUGGAAGUGUCUUUUGAGAAAGAAAGUUUGCGUGAUGUUUGGUUUCCUGCAACGGUACUGAAAAACUCAGGCAACUCGACUUUUCUAGUUGAGUAUCGGCAGCCAGGAGCUGGUGAUGAGGGAGUUCUUCAAAAAGUUACGGUGGAUUACCAUCAUAUUCGACCCUCGCCACCUCAUCUGAGGGAUAAGAAUUUUGUUUUGUUGGAAAAGGUUGAUGCUUAUUAUGAUUUUGGCUGGUGGUGUGGGGUAAUCACCAAAUCACUUGCUGAUAAUAGGUAUAAUGUGUUCUUUAAACAUACAAAAAAGGAACAGGAGUUUAUUUACUCGAGAGUUAGGCCACAUAUGGAAUGGAAAGGGGGCAAAUGGUUCAGCACUUCUCAGGGUGACGCGGCUGUGAGGACACCUCAUUCCUUGAUAGAUAAUAAAAUUGAGCAAGCAGCUCCAAUCAUUGGUAAACAGUCUUCUGUAGCAACGUCAGUAACAAAGAGUGAACACCAAAAAAAUCUUGAUAGCAACGAUAAGACCUCACCAAAUGAUGAAACUAUGAAUGACGAUUCGGUUAGAAAAAAGAAGCACACAUCCGUUGGUCAAUCUGACGGCGUUGACUCUGAAGUAAGUGGAAUGACUGACCAAGGCUUUAGUAAAAAGGGUGGCACGGCUGAUCAGAUUGAGCAGGCAACACCUAACGUUGGUAAACAGUCUCCUGUUGCAACAUCGAUAAUGACGAGAAAAAGACAAAAACAUCUUGAUAGCAAUGAUAAGACUUCACCAGACGAUGAAAUUACUGAAGAUGAUUCAAGUAAAAAAGAGAAACACUCAUCUGUUGGUCAACCCGAGGGGGUUGACUCUGAAGUGAGUGGUAAAAAGGGUGACACGGCUGUGAAGACAGCUCAUUCCUUGAUAGAUAAUCAGAUUGAGCAGGCAACCCCAAUCACUGGUAAACGGUCUCUUGUUGCAACACCAAUAACGAAGAGUAAACGGCAAAAGAAUCUUGAGAGCAACGAUAAGACCUCACCAAACGAUGAAAUUGUGAAUGAUGAUUCAAGUAAAAAAGAGAAACACCCAUCUGUUGGUCAACCCGAGGACGUUGACUCUGAAGCGAGUGGUAUGACCGACAAAGCCUUUAGUAAAAAGGGUGACACGGCAGAUAUUCCGAUUGAGCAGGCAACUUCUAUCAUUGGUAAACAGUCUCCUGUUGCAACAUCGAUAUUGACGAGAAAGCGACAAAAAAAUCUUGAUAGCAGUGAUAAGACGUCACCAAAUGAUGAAAUUAUGAAUGAUGAUUCAAGUAAAAAAGAGAAACACCCAUCUGUUGGUCAACUCGAGGGUGUUGACUCUGAAGUGAGUGAAAUGACUGACCAAGCCUUUAGUAAAACGGAGAAUCUUUCUCAUGGAAAGAAAGUGCAAAGUAAACGAGGAAAAAGCAUUGAACCAAAAGUUCCAACAACAUGCUCAUCGAAAAAGAAGGGAAAGGGGAGUAGGUUAAUUAAUGAGCUCAAAAGCUUGCAAACUUUGACAGACGGAUCUGAAGUUGACUUGGUCAAACCCAGAACCCGAGCAUCUGUGGAACAGGAAGAUGCUACCGAUGAUUUUGUCUUUGUUGUCAUGGGUUUGCAGUGUAAUAAGAUGACGGUAUCACAAGAGGAGAUGGUUCAGAAUCUGCCUGAUGAAAAUAAUCAAGAUGUUGCUAAAAGCGACACAACACAACCAGACGUUCCACUGGCAGUGGCACCACUAACAGAGGUUGAUCAGGAGGGAAAUGAAGGGAAUGUUGCAUCUGUUGCACUCAAAAGGAAAAGGGGUAGACCGUUUAAGUCACAAGCCUUAAGCCCCAAGACUCCUGCCACAGUUGAUCACGAGAUCCGAAAUGUUGUUCCAUCGACACUUUCUGUGGUGGAAGAUGGUCAAAGGAGAGAAGUUGACUUGACUACAAGUUCAGAAACCAAAUCGCUGGAAGAGAACCAGGGACCUGUAAACGAGCAACCGGUUGCAGAAAAACAGAAUGAAUCAUUGGUUAAAGACAAGCUGCCAAAUGAAAAUAAUACCGAUUUACAUGUUCAAGAGGGUACGCAGACAAAAAGGUAUCCAGCAAGGAAAAGAAAACAAGCAAAGCGACGGACAAUCAGUAUAAACGCUAAAUCUCCAGCUCAAGACUCUCGAGAUGCAUCUAAGGAAAAAGCAGACGGGAGCUUGGAGAAGAAUUCAACAACAGAAGCUUCUGUCGGUGUAGACUCUCUGGUCACAGAGGGAACUGUGGAGCAAUCGUCAAAGGCAAGUGAGGGAUGGUUGACUUCCGGAAACUUUCCAUUUAUCAGAAGUACGACACUUUGGAAAACAUUAGAAUCAAUGGACGCCUUCCGGAUGCUUCCACAGAAACCGCAUUUUCGUCCGCUAUUGGAAGGUGUAAGAGAGGGCGCUCAAGAAGGAUUAGCCAUUGGUACCAUGGUUACAUUUUCAACCAUGUUUGACAAGACUCGCAGUCUGAGAUUAGACGAUCCACGAAGUGCAAUAGGGGACUGUUUGGAAACGCUUGUAGAACUUGAAAACAACGGGUUUGAUGUGAAGGCGUUAAGAGAGCGGUUGACCGGAUUGCUUUUGAUCAAAGACAAACAGGAGGGAUUGAAAGAAAAGUCGAAAGGGUUUGUUGAGAAACUGGAGGAAGAUAAAACGGACGGAAAGAGAAUCGAGGAAGAGAUGGAAGAAAUCAAUAGACAGAUGAGGGAAUUGGAGGAAAGAAGGAAACAGGCAAUGUUGAAGAAGGAAAAAAGACUUUCGGAGUUGCGUGUGAUGGAAACAGUAAUCGAUGGAAUUAAACAAGAAAUAAGGGAAGUUGAAGCGGAAUUUGAUGAGUUAGCUGCUGCCCCCUUUGUGGUAUGAUUAGUGGGUCUGGUUAGAUUUGUUGUUGGUGAUGUUGUUUUCAUAUGAAUGCGAGUUGUAAAAUCAUGCAUAUAUUUAUCUAACCGCUUACAAACGACAGGCGUUCGUUGUUGAAAGAGUUUACUUCAAGCUGAUAUGGGUUUUUUUUUUUCA